CCAGAUGCCAUGAUCUUAGUUUUCUGAAUGUUGAGCUUUAAACAGUCUUUGUGUAGAAGCAUUUAAAAACAGAAACAUUUGUUUUUCUGUGUUAAUAUAGUAAGAAAGAAGUAGUUUCAUAACUUAAGUACUGCUGUGGACAAAAUAUGCCCUCCCUGGUGCUCUGUGUUUCUCGAUAUGUUCUAAAGAGGGUCCAAGCUUUCAUGGGUUGGCUGGCUGGUGUCCAGGGCCCUUUAAUUCUCUUUGUUUCUAAUAGUCUUCAACAUCUCCCAGCAGUGGGAAAGCGGUGGUUGGUUCUUGGAACAUGCGUAAGGCAGGGUCACUUCCUCAAAUGUCCGUCAAGUCUUGCUUUUCCCUCAAGAUUGUGCUGUGAUUUAGAGGUUGCUCAGAUUACAAUCCCUGACUCAUUUCAGGCAGUAAACUAAGAGGUUUUACAACCCACGGCGGGCCAAUCUUCCUUCCCGGAUGACUUUUUUUUUUUUUUUCCUUUUCAGGUUGUGAAGAUAAAUCCUGUCUUUUAAUUUUAGGAAUCUAGAUACCAAGAUACUCCAGCCAGCGUUUCCUCGGUGUGUUUUGUAAACAUCACGGGCAAACCCUCUGUGUGGGGGCAACUGAAUUGUCUUCUGCCCUGCCUGGUGUAAGCUGUGAGGUGCCAGCUCUCAUGUGGCUUGAAGCUGUUUGCCUUUGUUUUCCGUCCUCACCAGCAGAAGCCAUGGGUCACACAGUGAAGUGGGGAACACUACGACCCAAGCGCCCAUACCUCUGGCUCUCUCAGCUCUUGGUGCUUGCUGGUCUUUUUCACUUCUGUUCAGGCAUCAACCCAAAGAGUGUGACCAAAAGAGUGAAAGAAGCAGUAGUGCUAUCCUGUGAUUACAACACAUCCACUGAAGAACUGACAAGCCUUCGGAUCUAUUGGCAAAAGGAUAGUGAAAUGGUGCUGGCUGUCCUGCUUGGAAAAGUGCAGGUGUGGCCCAAAUACGAGAACCGUACCAUCACUGACAUCACCAAUAACCCCUGCAUUGUGAUCCUGGCUCUGCGCCUGUCAGACAGUGGCACCUACACCUGUGUUAUUCAGAAGCCUGAGACAGGGACUUAUAAAGUGGAGCACCUGACUAAAGUGAGGUUAAUGAUCAGAGCUGACUUCCCUGUCCCUACUAUAAAUGAUCUUGGAAAUCCAUUUCCUAACAUCAGAAGGGUAAUUUGCUCAACCUCUGGAGGUUUUCCAAAGCCUCACCUCUCCUGGUUGGAAAAUGGAGAAGAAUUAAAUGCUACCAACACAACACUGUCCCAAGAUCCUGAAACUGAGCUCUUCACAAUUAGCAGUGAACUGGAUUUCAACAUGACAAGCAAUCACAGCUUCUUGUGUCUUAUCAAGUAUGGAGACUUAACAGUGUCACAGACCUUCCAAUGGAAAACACCCAAACCAACCCCUUCUGCUAAUCAGCACCUGCCCUGGACCAUUACUAUCACAGUCUCAGCAUGCGGGAUUGCUGUGAUCAUUGCAGUUACAGUAACAUGCCUGACCUGCAGAAAUGCUGCAAGAUGGAGACAGAGAAGGAGGAAUGAGGAGAACGUGGUAAUAGAAAGGUACCCUCUAUCUACAUAAAAUCUGUGGAAGGAUCAAGCUGACCAGAACACCUGGAGGUCCUACCUCUUUCUGAGAUUGGCCUCUUCUUGGUGCUUCCGCGAACAGCCAGGGUUAUCCCACCUCGACCUUCCUGUAUCUGUUCUCUAGGAGCCCCUUCACUCCAGUGGCUUUGCUGAAAGUGACUAGAGGAGUAUGAUGGGGACAGAAGUAGUUCUGGUGACCUUGCCCAAGGAUUUGGAAACAUGGAAUUCUUUAGGCCUGGAAGAGACAUUAGUGAAAACCACUUACUAAUGACAAGGAUCUCGAAGUCCUGCGUGGUGACCUGAAUUACAAAGGUCAGGGCCAGAACCCAGAUUUGGUGCUCUGGCUCUGGUGUUCUUUUCCUUCACGAAUCGGGCUCUGUGCUACUGACUGUUUUGUGUGUAUACACACACAUGUAUCCAUCAAAGUGCUUCUGGAAACAGAAUUUAUUCAGUAUCAUCUAGGUCCAUCUCAAAAGACUUGGUGUGAUGAAGGAAUGGAGGAUGUCAUGCUGUCAAAAGCAAUCUAAUGUUAAUGUAUGGGAAGUCUGUUUUAAGUACACCUAGAAGACAAUGGAAAUAUUACUGGUAUUUAGCCAGGAUUUUAUUCUCACUGUGUUCUCCUUUUUGGCUUUCCCACUUCUCAACUAGGUUCAGGAGAAAGUAGAUCCAUCUAAAACUAAUUUCCUCUGACAUGUAGGAUGAAUGACUUAUACAGUAAGUCCCCUACAUAUGAACCCCCAAGUUGUGAACUUUUAACUAAAAAUAAAUUUUAAUUCCUUUAAAAGUCUUUGAAGUAACAAAAUAGGUAUUAUGCCAAUUUUUAAUUCAAAAGUGAACUUAUGAGCUAUUUCAUUUGUAGUUACUUUCUAGAAUAAGUUAUUGGUUAGAUCAUAAAUUUUAAACAGAAAAAAGUGUGUGUUUUGCACACUUA